CCCCAGUCCACCCUUCCAGCAGCUAUAUUGUCUGUGUAUUUAUAGAAGGGCUCUUUUUGGACCCAGAGGGAGGAGGAGGAGAGAGGUGCAGUUAUUCAGGAACCAGGCGCCGAGGCAGGUGCGCCUCGGUCUCUCCUUCCAAAAAGGACACGAAGAGAGAUGGAGCAGCUCGCCUUCCCUUCUCCUCCUCCGGGUGAAUGCUGAUUCCCAAAUUCUGAGCCAUGCUGGGUCCAGGAGCACGGUCAGCGAGCCCAGCCCUUUCGCCGAGAUAGCCAUGAACAGCUGCAAAUACAACGGCGGCGUCAUUCGGCCCCUCAGCAGCCUGAGUUCCUCCCGCCACAACCUCCACGACCUAGACGCCGAGACCCAGCCCCUGCAGACCUUCCACGACUCCGGCCUGGAGGUGGUGGUCUCCAAGUCCGAGCGCAGCAAGGGGUCGGACCCCCACCUGGACGACGACCCCGAGGCCGAGGAGAGGCCACGCAGCCACAAGAAGAACCAGAACAUCGGCUACCGGCUGGGCCACCGGAGGGCGCUGUUCGAGAAGAGGAAGCGGCUGAGCGACUACGCCCUGAUCUUUGGGAUGUUUGGGAUCGUGGUCAUGGUGACAGAGACGGAGCUAUCGUGGGGGGUCUACACCAAGGAGUCUUCAUAUUCAUUCGCCCUCAAAUGCCUCAUCAGCCUGUCCACGAUGAUCCUCCUGGGGCUCAUCAUCAUGUAUCAUGCGAGAGAGAUCCAGCUGUUCAUGGUGGACAACGGAGCGGACGACUGGCGCAUCGCCAUGACCUACGAGCGCAUCUUCUUCAUCACGUUGGAACUCCUCGUCUGCGCCAUCCACCCCAUCCCGGGCCAAUACUUCUUCACGUGGACGACUCGCCUGGCGUUCACGUACGCCACCUCGGAGGCCAACACCGACGUGGACAUCAUCCUCUCCAUCCCCAUGUUCCUCCGCCUCUACCUGAUCGGGCGGGUCAUGCUCCUCCACAGCAAGCUCUUCACCGACGCCUCUUCGCGGAGCAUCGGGGCCCUCAACAAGAUCAACUUCAACACCCGCUUCGUCAUGAAGACCCUCAUGACCAUCUGCCCCGGGACGGUCCUCCUGGUCUUCAGCAUCUCCUCCUGGAUCAUCGCCGCUUGGACCGUCCGUGUGUGCGAGAGAUACCAUGACAAGCAAGACGUGACCAGCAAUUUCCUGGGGGCCAUGUGGCUGAUCUCCAUCACCUUCCUCUCCAUCGGCUACGGGGACAUGGUCCCGCACACUUACUGCGGGAAAGGAGUCUGCCUGCUCACUGGGAUUAUGGGGGCGGGCUGUACAGCUCUCGUGGUUGCCGUCGUCGCCCGGAAGCUCGAACUGACCAAAGCGGAAAAGCACGUCCACAACUUCAUGAUGGAUACACAGCUAUCAAAGCGGGUGAAGAAUUCUGCCGCCAACGUACUCAGGGAAACGUGGCUGAUCUACAAGCACACCAAGCUGGUGAGGAAGAUUGACCAUGCCAAAGUACGGAAACACCAGCGUAAGUUCCUCCAAGCCAUCCAUCAGUUGAGGAGCGUGAAAAUGGAACAGAGGAAGCUCAACGACCAGGCAAACACCCUCGUGGAUUUGUCAAAGACGCAGAACGUCAUGUACGACAUGGUGUCAGAGCUGCAGGAGCGCAACGAGGACCUCGAGAAGCGCAUCAGUGCCCUGGAGGGGAAGAUUGACAUGCUGGGCCUGACUCUGCACGCGCUCCCCAGCCUCGUCAGCCAAGCCAUACGCCAGCAGCAGCGGGCUCUGCCCCGCACCUGCGGCACCUCCAACAGCUCCGAACGCUCCUGCUGGACUCCUACCCGCCGGCGGAAGUCUCCCUCCACUGCCCCUCACACAUCCUCGGACAGCGGGUGAUUCAGGGGGGCGGGCUCGCGCACCGGGGGCACCCAUGGACUCAUAUAUGGCCAUUGUGUGGCCGAUUCCCCUCUGAGCUUUUUUCUGGAAAGCCCUGUACACAGACCUCCCCAAGUCCGCUGAGAUGGGCCCGUGCCGCGGAAGACUUGUCGGGUACAGAAAACGGAUUCCGAACCCGGUUCCAGUGUAACAUUAUGCAAAGCUGGGGAUGUUUCUUUUGUUUGUUUGUAUAAGGAGAGGGUGGGAGCAGGGCUUUUUUUCCCCUCCCCCAGCCGGAAUUUGCUGGAACUCAGUUCCGGCACCUCUCAGGCGGACGCCGUUGCCAUUCUAAAAGAACAAGGGAGGCGUUCAUGGUGAGUUCCGGCACCUCUUUUUCUUGAAAAAUAGCACUGGGUGGGAGGGGAAUCCCAUGUAGAAAUUGUGCAAAUUCACAACAAUCUCUUAAAAAAGAAAGAAAAAUAGAAUCCCUUCCCUCCCUUCCAACGUCAGCUGUUUGGUCCCUAACCAUGCCCUCCACGGGAGCCAUCUUGCGCCACGGUCUCAACAUUCAGCCUGGCAAGGGGUGAGACUAGAUGGGCCUUUGGUUCCCUUCCAACUGUACGGUUCUAUCGUCCUUUGAUUCCAAAUGGGGACCUCACAGGCGACAGUCUCCCACUCCACUUGCUCGUUUGCCUUUUCUCUUCCCAAACUGGAGAGAAAUGCUGGCAAAUGCCCAUUUCUCAUAAAACUAUAUAUAUGGAUUUAACAUGUUUUGGAGCCAUACAUAAGUGCAAGGGGGUCUGAGUGGCACAUGUGUGCUUCCUCUUCCCCCCCCCCUGCUCUCCUUCCAAACCCCAUUCUGUCUCCUGGAAGAAAGACUAAGACCUGUUUUAAAGUAGGAGCAGAGACUUCAUCCUGAGGGCCCCAUUUGCUGCUGGGAUGGCUUCCAGGGGCCACAUGCCACUGUUGGGUGAGGCCGGGGGGGGGGGUUGGAGUGGAUAGAGCAAUUGGUGCAAAGUUUACUUUUAUGCAAUUGUCUGGUUUCUACGCACACUCCACCUGUCACCAAGACAUCAGGAUGCAUCCUAGGCAGAAAAAACACACCCAAGCAAGGUGCAGAACGAGGGUCAAUGAGGGGAGAGUUCCAGGGGCCAAAUGGAGAGGCCUGGAGGGCCACAUCCAUCCCCUGGACCAGAGAUUCUCCACCCCUGUUAUAAAGAAAUAAAUAUUGUGGGCUGUAUCUAAUGUUAAUCCGGCUCAGAGUAAACGCACUGAAAUUAAGGAGCAAGCCCAUUCGUUUCAAGAGGUCUAGAACUUAGUGGGAGCCAACCCAGGGGUGUAGCGUGGGGGUGCCAGGGGUGCAUUUGCCCCAGGCGCACAAUUUUUGAGGGGGCACAAACAAGGCACCCCCACGCAGGCAACCCCAGUGUGGCCUGGCCCGGGACUCCUCUGUGCCUACCAAGGGUUGCGUCAGCUGGCUGGGCUCCCCGCUGCAUGGGCGGGCAGGCGGCUCAGUGUGACCCCGUUUGCUCGGGGGUGGGGUUGCAGUUGCAUGUGCCCCAGGCACUGGGCACCGGCAACUGCCACUGCACCACGGAGGUGACCUACCAGGCACCUAUUGGCUAGUGCCUGUGUCAUCAAUAGUGGCACACAAUUCCUAACCGGAUCCUCACAACCGCACAAUAGCAGAUCUGUUAACAGCUUUUAAAGGGUUCUUUUGAUAUUACUUAAAUCUUUCUUUAAAAAGUAAGGUGACAGACAGUGAAAAGAGAGGGGUGGUGGUGGAAUCUAAUGUCGGAGAGAGACAGAACAUUCCACUUUCCCCCGGCAAUAGAGUGAACAGCUUCUGGGUUUGAAAAAGCUGUAAAAUGAAAUAACAAGGCUACAGGCCUCUCCUUAACUCACCACAAGCAAGCUCACUGUCUCCUAUAAGGUCCUAUAAAAUCUGUGGUACCAACACACCAAAGGGAGCUUUCGCUGAUGCAAUUCCAAAUGUAAUAUAAAGGGGGAAUGACAGAAGCACUUUGCACGUGGGCAGUUGAAGCGAUGUUACAUUGGAAAUCAGCCCAUCCGAUCUGAACUGGGGGAGUCUCAUGUGUCCUGUCUCCAAUACAAGGUCAUUGGGCAGAAAGCGGUGGGUGUGGGGCUCUGGUGUCCUUCUGCCUUUGUGACUCAGUGGACGCACAAAAUGUUUCUGGGGUCUUCCAAACAUGGGUUCUCCUCCUCUUUUUGUAAUCUUAACCGCCCUGUUUCCUCCCCUUCUCUCAUACGCACACAAACACAUUCCUCCUGCUUCCGUUUCGAAGACUUCCGUUUCGAUUUCUUAAAACACUGUGCUUUUUCUCUAGCUCUUGAAUCGAUCGAUCGAUCGAUCACGAGUGAGUGUAUGUGUGUUUUGCGGGGAGGGUGGGGAGAGGCCGAAAUUUGGUGGGGGGAGGAUUGCAACCCAACCUAUUUUAUAAGAAUUAGAAAAGCGCGGAGGAUGAUGUUUUGUUUUGUUUUUUUUCUAUUAAAGGUUCUCUUGAUUUCAAAUUGGGGUCGGUUUUUAAGGAUAGCUUUAAGAACAUAGAAUCAUAGGGAAAUCACAGAGCUGGAAGGGACCACGAGGGUCAUCUAGUCCAACCCCCUGCAAUUCAGGAAACCGGCCCAAAAUGGGGCUCGAACCCACAACCCUGAGAUUAAGAGUCUGCUGCUGAGCUACCUAGAGAACAUACGGCAAGACUUCCUGGCGUGGGGCAAGGCACACCCACAUCAGUCUUCUUAAGGCCCCCGGUGGGGUUUGGGGAGGCUCACAAAGGUGAUAGACCUCCCCUUUUAUCUCAAGGUAGACUCUCUCUGGAUGCAGAGGCUCCACUCAGCUGGAACAGCUGGCAACCACUGCAAGACCUUUCCUGCUCUGUGAUAUUGCCCACUCCCUUUUUUUGGAAAGACGAGUCCUGCAGGAUCAGACCAAAGGGCCAUUUGCUCCGGAAUCAUAGAAUCACAGAAUGGUAGAGUUGGAAGAGACCCCAAGGGUCAUCUAUUCCAACCCCUGGCAAUGCAGGAUUCUCAACCAAAGCAUCCAUGACAGAUGGCCAUCCAACAUCUGAUUUAAAACCUUCAACUAAGCAGAGUCCACAAGGGAGUAUGUUCCCAAGGGAGUCCAAUCCACUGUCAAACAGCUCUUACUUGUCAGAAAGUUCAUCCAGUCAGAAUCUCUUUUCUUUGUUUAUUGAAGCCAUGGGUUCAAGUCCUACCCCCUGGAGCAGGAGAAUCCAGCUUGUUCCCUCUUCCAUGUGACAGCCCUUUUAAGAUAUUUGAAGAUGGCUCUCAUGUCUCCUCUCAGCCUUCUCUUUUCCAGCUCCUUCAACCGUUCCUCAUCAGGCUUGGCUUCUAGAAUCCUGUCUUCCAAAGUGGCCUCAGGGGAAAUGAAGGCAGUUGCCCAUCCUUCCUGUUGUCCUCAACUCAUUCCAGCCUCAGUGGUAGACUACUUAUAAACAGGGAGUAGUGGCUGACUUGGGGUCUCAAAUUUCAGUUGUGCCCCAUGUGACACCAAGGUUCAGGGGGCUCCCCCACACACACAUACAUACCUCUCGCCUUUUAUUCUACAUCAUAGUUGCAGCAGCCCCUGUUAUUCUUUGUCAUGGGCUAACACAGUGACCCACUUGGAAAGGAAGACUGGAGAUCUGGAGAUUUCCAUGUUUUUAAGUAUCCUUGAAAAGAGCUUUUGCCAACCUAAACAAACCCCCCACCACCACAUGGACCAUUUUCUGCCCCAGUGCGAGUCCCAGAAAAGAACGAUCCAGCUUUACAGUAUAGGCUUCUCCUAUCAGGGAAAGGUUCGUAGCUCAGUGGCAAAUCAUCCACUUGGCAUGCAGAAGGUCUCAGGCUCAAAUACCCAGUGGUAGGGGUGGGAGAAAUUAAAAGACGCCUGCUUCUUGGGAGAAAAGCAAUGACAAACCUAGACAGCAUCUUAAAAAGCAGAGACAUCACCUUGCCUACAAAGGUCUGUAUAGUUAAAGCUAUGGUUUUCCCAAUAGUGAUGUAUGGAAGUGAGAGCUGGACCAUAAAGAAGGCUGAUCGCCGAAGAAUGGAUGCUUUUGAAUUAUGGUGCUGGAGGAGACUCUUGAGAGUCCCAUGGACUGCAAAAAGAUCAAACCUAUCCAUUCUGAAGGAAAUCAGCCCUGAGUGCUCACUGGAAGGGCAGAUCCUGAAGCUGAGGCUCCAAUACUUUGGCCACCUCAUGAGAAGAGAAGACUCCCUGGAAAAGACCCUGAUGUUGGGAAAGAUGGAGGGCACUAGGAGAAGGGGACGACAGAGGACGAGAUGGUUGGACAGUGUUCUCGAAGCUACGAACAUGAGUUUGACCAAACUGCGGGAGGCAGUGCAAGACAGGAGUGCCUGGCGUGCUAUGGUCCAUGGGGUCACGAAGAGUCGGACACGACUAAACGACUAAACAAACAGGGGUGGGAGAGACAAUAUUGAGCUAGUUGGACCUGUGCUCUAACAGCUUCCUGUGUUCAUUUGAAGAGCAGGCAGAGCUCAGCACAUCAUGUCUAGUACCUGUAACAUCACCAACCCACCUUCUCUCACCCACCAUUGAUCUCCAGAGCAAUUUUGCCACUGGUGGAAAAGGGGGUGAAGGUGUGCAAUGAACAACCAUUAAUAUAACUGGUGAUGGUUGUUAUUAUUAUUAUUAUUAUUAUUAUUAUUAUUA